AUGGGCAGCUCUCCGUCAAAAGGAAAGUUAUUAAAACAACAUGGCAUUGAAACUGAGAAGGCUCAGCCGGCCGAAGCACCACAAGAUGUGGACUGUAGACCUCCAAGGGAGGAAGAUAUGGGUUUGACAACCAAAGAGGAAGAAGAGGAACUGCUGCUACUCUCUGAAAAACACGAUUCAGCCGAAACUAUGAGGAUUCAACUGGACUCAAACACAACAUCUGUCAAAAAUCCAGAGAACAUUACAGAAACCGAAGUGGAUCCAACGCCCCAGAAAAUCAUCUGUGAUGUUAGUCAGAUGGAUGAAAUGAAGAAGAUUGAGAGUCGAAAGAAAAGUAAAGGCAAUAAACGAUCCACCGAGAAGCCGAGAAAGUCUUCUGUUGCUCAGUGUAAGAUGGACUUCCCACCACACACGGUCAGGGCUCACCAGGCUGCCUACAUCUUCUUGAACCCAAAUAUUUCCAAAUAUGAAACCCUUCUUGGUCUGCUGGACCAGGCUGCUCAGACACAGAUAUCCCUGCAGCCCAUGAUAUCGGCUGUGGUGCUGAGAUUUGAAGAGAUCAACCAGGCACUGGAGGAGAUGGCUGAGGAUGGGGAGCAGAUGCUGAUGGAACAUGGAGACUACAUGGCCCUGCCUUCUGGGAUGUUGGGCCAAAUUGUAAGGUCAACUAAACCCAGCAUCAACACAGCAAAUCAAUCCGAUCUACCUCCAGAUCUUUUACAGCAACUGCUCCAACAUUCAGCAGAAAAAAUGAGGCAAGUUGGAAGUUCAGUCCAGACCCUGGGGGACACGACACUUGUGGAGGCAGUGGAGUAUUUUUCCUCCCUUUCUAAACUGUUGGCUCAGAAGCUGCAGGCAAAGCAAGCUGCAGAGCAUCGCCUCGUGGAAAUACUCGCUAAGGUAGAGGGAGCGGCCAUUAAGAAGUCCAGUUCAGCUGAUUCUACACUGCACAGCGAGGACAGCGGGUUUGGGGGAGAGAACGAGAGUUUGACAGAGUCUGAAAAGCAGCGCCGCCACAGCAGGAGCGCAGGUUCUGGAAGCUGUGGCUCUGAAGUCAACAUCCAGGAUGCAUUUGACAAUUAUUCAAAUAAUUUAGCCAACUCAGUGGGCCAUAAUGAAGAUUAUGAAGAAGAGGAUGAAGAUGAAGAGCUGGAUGGUGAAGAAGAAUAUGAAGAUGAUGAAUACUGUAGGCCUGAAAGAAAGAGGUCAAGCUCUUCUCCACCGGAUCCCAGUCAAGCUCUUCAGUACAUGCAGGCGUACUGCCUUCAGGAACAGCAGCCAACCUUUAAACGUCCUCUGACUUCAGCCUGGUCUGAAGGCUCUUCAUCCACCUGCAGUUUAAAUCUGAUGACAGAGCUACAGAAGAACCAGAAAGAAUCAGAUCUAAACAAUAAAACUGUGUCUGAAAUACAAGGAACACAUGCGUUAAAGAGACCUGAUCAUACUUUACACAGAACUAGACGGCAGUAUUUCAAUGGGUCAAGCAGAAACCAGGUGGAAUCAAAUCAGCCAUUGUUACCUUCAUUACCAAUGUUAGCCAGUCAACCAUCAAAACGCCGCUCGGUCAGAAGGCUCAUCAACACGUUCAGCCAAGGGGCUGAUGGGAGUCCAGAACAAAGCUUUUAUAAAGUUCUUUCUCACAUAAAAAUGCCCAAUAAAAACCGUGUUCUUCUCAUUUCUAAUGCAGGAAAUGGUAAUAAGGGCAAGUUCAACAGCAAAAACAACACUAACAGCUCAUCUGGUAGCAGAGGGGACCUUGAUGUAGAUAACCUGCCACCCCCACCCUUAGAGGUUCUGAUGGACAAUUCCUUCCAGAGUAACAAUAACCAACUACAAAGUGAGGAGGAGCUGCAGGAAGAGUCAGUUCAGAAACUCCCAGUCAUAAAUCAAAAAAAUGGAAUUUACCAGCGCCGGAAGAUAACUCUCCAGAAUGUAGAGAUUCUACCAAACAGAGCCACCAUGAGGCCAGGAUCAUGCUCCAUCAGAUCUACUACUUCUGUUGGGUCAGAGGCUGUUACCAGGGUGCAGCAUGAAAAGUUGCAACUGGAAACAGAUGUGGAUCAAGAAGCUGAAAAAUCAAACAGUCUUUACCAGCAGGCAAGGAAGAUUAUUCACCUGUGCAAUGCAGCAGAUUUUCCUGACAAGUCAAGUUAUGUUCAGUUCAGCCAAGCCAGAAUGGGCCAAAGGUUUGAAACCAAAGAAUCAUGUGAGUCUGACCAGUGUCACUCCAGUCUGCCAGUGACAGUACCACCUGUCUCCAGAGUCCGCUUACCACCAUCAUGCCCUUCUGUACGCCACAGAUUCCAAAGUCCCCCUGCAUUUAAGCCCCAGUCCACCUCUAGGUCUUCAUCUCGCCCCAGUUCUCCACGAACAAUAAUAAGUGCAGCUGAUAAUACCACUGAAGAGAUUGUCCCAUCUGUGUCUUUUCAAGAUGCUCGCUCAGUCUUCUGUCAAAAUGAGCAACAAAAUUAUCAAACCUGCCUCUUUUUUGGAUGUCCUGUUCCUCCCAGCCAGCAGGGAGAGGUUUCCCAAGGCAGGCUAUUUACAAGACAAGCGAAUGGCUCAGAUCGUCGCACCCAGUCUGAACAGAGGUUCGGUGGGAAGUCCCACACACAGUCUGAAGCAAGUCUGGGUUCCAGGCAGGCCAGGGGGAGAAAUCCUGCACAGAAUAAAGGUCUGAUGACAGAGAACUGAGACCCACCUGGCACCGUGAAAACAACCAGAACUCCAGUACUUAUUGCUCAAGUUUUAAAAAGGC